AUGGAUGAUAUCACUCGUUCAUCAACGGCAGAAAAAUGUUCACUGUCAUCUGAGGCUAACCAGAAUGAAAGAAUGAGCUCAUACUUUACAAUUUCAUCUUUUGAUUAUGCAACUAUAUCAAAAAGUAAAAUAAAACCUGGAAAUAUUCCUGAUCCACCAUCCUCAGAUGAAUCAGUUACUGAUUCCAAUUCACAAAGUACACAUGAAAAUGGGGAAGUCAACAACACAAAUGAAAACAGUCCAGAAAGUAAAAUUAAAUUACCAUCAAGACGUAUUCACUCAUCUAGCAGUGCAGCAAUGUUGCGUCAGCAUUUACAUCGUGCUUACCGGCCAGUAUUUUUCCUAAUUUACAAUCGUCCUAGUGUAAUUGAACAUCUAACUGAAUGUGAUUCAUUUGCUUCAUUUUGCAAGCGUCAAGCUCUGAGUCCUGUAAUGUUUUUAAACCAACCAACAACACUUUUUGAUAAAAAACCUUAUCCAUGCAUUUACCAAAAUUUUGAUCUCUUUAAAGUAUCUGUAGCUGGAUAUUUACCCCCAAGCGAAUGUGAUGCUUCAGCAGACUCAACUCAUUUAAGUAACAGUAAUCAUACACCCAAUAGUAGUGUAACAAAUACUAACAGUAAAGACUUUUCGUUUGCAGCACCAAAUGGAGAGUAUCUACAACAGCAACAGCAAAUUAAAGGAGGAUGUUACUAUGGAAAAAGUCUAUUGUAUUUUCCUUAUUUCACCUCACACAGAAGUGUUGCAGCCUAUGACAACCCUGGAUUCGCCCGGUAA